AUGGCGUUGUCGUGUAACUUGUCCAGUUUGUUGGACUCUUUCCCGACCACAGACGAUAAAUUGUCUGUCCUGCAACAAAUCAAAGUCCUCAUAAAUUCAACCAGUCGCAAAGAACUCCAGGAUGACUCUACCAACUUUCAAUCGUUAAAGCGUCUUCCAUCUGAUUUAUUUGAAGUCUAUUUGGCCAAGAAUCACCAGUUUCUUUCCUGUCUGCUGCAACUAUUGGCAGAAGACAAUUUACAAAUAGCUACAUCUUCUGCUUCUAUCCUUAACAAACUCGGAGACUGUCCUGAGAGUCUACAGCAACUCUUCCAGAGUGAUCUACAUGCAGUGUUGGACUCCAUUAUGAAGACAAAUGAUGUGGUUCGAUUCAGAGUUUAUGAGUUGCUCGUUAAUAUUGGCAAUUCAUCUGCCCGGAAUUUGUCAUUGGUGAUUGGAUCUGGUCUGUUGGAAAAUCUCCUUAACGAACUCUAUGGUGAUAGUGCGGAUGUAUUGGCAAAGAUGAACUGCGUAGAACUACUAACAAACUUGGCCACAAGUGACCAUGGAUUUACUUGGCUGACCGAACAUAAAGUCCUUGACCGUCUUGAGACACUCUUGAUUAAAGCUGACUCGGAUGUUUUACUUGAACUCUUGCAGCCAGGACUGAUUACCUUUUUUGGCAGUGUAGCACGACAUCGACCCAAUGAAAUCUGCUCUAGGUACCAGCACUUCUUGUGUAAAGUUCUGUCUAGUUUGAAUUCUUCAGACAUGACAUUAAGAACCAUUGGAAUCGAGACUAUCGCACAAAUUGCUAUCACUAAAAAUGGGAAGCUGAUUCUAAAGAAAUACGGCUCUAAGAUGGAUGAAGCUAUGAAGAAUGUUGGCCAGACAAUUCAGAAUUGUCCUGAAGAUGUGAAAGUCCGAGCACUUUCUGCAUUGGGAUCAAUACUCCAGCUGACGGCUGAAGACCAAAAUGAUGAAAUGCUUGCCCUCACACAGCAUUGGUUCAGCUUAAUCUCCAGCAGCCCUUUUAAUUUAAUCUUCUCGAUCUGCCAACAACCAUUCCCUAACAUCCGACUGGCCUCCAAAAGUAUAUAUGUGUCGUUAGCCAACCAAAGCUGGGCUUUACAACUGAUGGUACACCAUCCGACUUUCAUAGAGUACCUGCUAGACCGAACGACUGAAACAUCUGCAGAAGACAAGCGACUGAAAUACAAAGUAGUCGAGACUUUGCUACAGAACAGCUGCACCGAGGAGAUAUUCGGUUCGCCGAAUUACCUGAAACUGCGUUUGUAUCAACAACAGGGACCAUUUUAUAUGCACUCACAACCUGUUGUUACAAUGGAAGGAGACUGUUAAGCAGAUUAAACUGAUUUCAAUGUUUGUUAUAUUGGAUCAGUUGAAAUAAAAACCAUUCUGACACCAUCAAA